CCCAAACCUCACCUCCUCAACAACUCCGCAGCACCGACAAGUAUCAUCCAUGGGCGGAAAGAAGUUACUCCAAGUGCACCUUGCCACUUUUCGACGAAAAACACGAAAACGAAAAACACACUCAGGAGACACUGCAUAAUUGCGGGUGGGCUUGAUCCAUCAAACAUCUUUGGCCAACAAGCACUAAAACUAGGUAUCCGUAGAAUGUCGCAAUCAACCUACUUGUGGGUGCCACCUCCAGAACCACGCGUGGUCCUUCACCAACCAGGUGCAGACCACAGGCGGUUUGUGGUAGGUCAACGCCCUCCGCACGCUCCCGUACCGGCCCGAUUCCCACGAACUUCUGGAAGACAUGGACGUCAUGCCCAGCAUCCAUCGGCACCGUGUCCCCUACUGCCGCUCAAAUAG